AAGGCGCCGAGCGGCCCGAGAGGCGGAGAGAGGAUGAGGCCGGAGGCAGCUGUCCCGAGCAGUGCACGGUGAUCGCCUCCCCCGGAGGAGGAGUUGCCUAGACCAUUGCCGCAUUUCUUGUUUUCCUCUCCCCUCCCCCACUGUAAUUACAUUGGCUGCUGGAGGGGACAGGGAGAGACGGAGGAGGCGCCUCGCAACCCCCCGCGCGCCCGCCACCCCUGCUCUUUCCCGUCCCGGGCCAGGAUGACUGGAGUCUUUGACAGUCUGGUGGCUGAUAUGCACUCGACCCAGAUCACGGCCUCUAGCACGUACCACCAGCAACAGCAGCCCCCGAGCGGCGGCGGCGCUGGCCCCGGCGGCAGCAACAGCAGCAGCCUCCACAAGCCUCAGGAGUCGCCCACACUCCCGGUGUCCACAGCUACCGACAGCAGCUACUACACCAACCAGCAACACCCGGCGGGCAGCGGCGGCGGCGGCGGCGGCGCUGGGGGCUCGCCCUACGCGCACAUGGGUUCCUACCAGUACCACGCCAGCGGCCUCAACAACGUCCCUUAUUCAGCCAAGAGCGGCUACGACCUGGGCUACACCGCCGCCUACACCUCCUACGCGCCCUACGGGACCAGUUCGUCCCCGGCCAACAACGAACCUGAGAAAGAGGACCUCGAGCCUGAAAUCCGGAUAGUAAACGGGAAGCCAAAGAAAGUCCGGAAACCCCGAACCAUCUACUCUAGUUUCCAGCUGGCGGCUCUUCAGCGGCGUUUCCAAAAGACUCAGUACCUGGCACUGCCCGAGCGAGCUGAGCUGGCGGCGUCUCUGGGCCUCACCCAGACUCAGGUCAAAAUCUGGUUCCAGAACCGCCGAUCCAAGUUCAAGAAAAUGUGGAAGAGCGGUGAGAUCCCUUCGGAGCAGCACCCGGGGACCAGCGCCUCGCCACCUUGUGCUUCGCCGCCGGCCUCGGCGCCGACCUCCUGGGACUUCGGCGCGCCGCAGCGGAUGGGGGGCGGCGGCGGUCCGGGCAGCGGCGGCAGCGGCGCGGGCAGCUCCGGCUCCAGCCCGAGCAGCGCCGCCUCGGCUUUCCUGGGCAACUACCCGUGGUACCACCAGGCCUCGGGCUCCGCUUCGCACCUGCAGGCCGCUGCGCCGCUGCUGCACCCGGCGCAGACCCCGCAGCCGCACCACCACCACCACCAGCACCACCACGGCGGCGGGGGCGCCCCGGUGAGCGCCGGGACGAUUUUCUAACUCCCGGAGACUGCGCCAGAGACUAAGAGAGCAGGGACCAGUUAUCCUUACUGCUCAUCCCCAGAGCCAUAGGGUCCCUCCGGCUGGCCCGAUGAUGGCACCCGCCGCUCCCGGAGGUGGCGGCCCAGGAUGGCCUACCCCAGGGCCGGGGCCACCGCGCGGCCAGGGACUGGAAGGCGUCUUCUCGCGCCACGGGCUCCUCUCGGAGAAACC